AUGUGGCUAGUGGUGGGGGUGUCUGGGGUGACGUGUGGCGGGAAGUCGUCGCUCGCACGCGCCCUGCAGAAGGCGUUUCCCGGCGCUGUGCUGGUCAACCAGGAUGAUUACUUCCUUCCGGUCGACAGCCCCCUGCAUGUCCGGGCCCCAGGGCUGGACCACCACAAUUGGGAAGUCCUCUCCAGUUUAGACAUGGAGCGGAUGGAAGCAGCUGUGAAGGACAUCAUCUCGCAAGAAACAGCAUGCCUCAGGAUCCUGAUCGUAGAAGGGUUUCUGAUAUUCAACCACGAGGCCAUGUCCAAGCUGUGCGAUCGCAAGUACUACCUGACACUACCGAGAGAAGAGACCUGGGCACGUCGCAGUGCCCGAGUAUAUGACCCCCCUGACCCUCCGGGCUACUUCGACAAGUGUGUAUGGCCGGAGUACGAGUGCCACAGGAACCAAGUGCUUGAGCGUGUGUCGGACAUUGUGCUACUCGAUGGCAGAAAGAGCCUGGCCGACACGAUACAGCGAGUGAUUUCAGACCUUCUCAGCACGGUCGAUCAAGCCACCGCUGGUGGUGAUUCAUUGUAAUGAUAAGUCAUUGUACAUCAAUUUUAAGGAUAGCAUGUAUAGUUCAGCAAGAUAUUUCCGGGCUUAAAGCUGUGCUAAGUAUUACUGCGCAUUAUACAGGGCAAAUACUUAACAUGGGAUUGUGUUAAAUGACUACUUAAUAACAUUAUUGUUAAAGCACCAAGUUUGUUAAAUUAAGUAUGAAUAGAAAAUAAAAUGGUUAAAGGUC